UGUGGAUACGGUGGACGCAGGUGCCUCUGGCUUAGAGAGAUGCCCGGACUGAUGAGCGGACAACGACCCGAGAGCGAGAGCUCCCCGGGGCCCGAGGAGGAAGAGGAGGCCGGGGGGGAUUACCCCGGCAUCCUGUGGACCGGAAGCUUCCGCAGAGUUCCUGUCGUGAUGUUUCACGCAGAAGCCGUUGUGAGCAAAGAGCCGUCCCUGCGCGCCGUGGGAGAGCGUUACCGCCUGUCGUAUAAGAUGGUCCGCACUGAGAGUCGCUUGGUCCGCAGCAUCCUCUCCGCGCACGGCUUCCAGGAGGUCCACGCCAACAGCAACAACUUCAACCUGAUGUGGAGCGGGUCCCACGUGAAGCCCCAUCUCAUGCGGAGUCUCGCCGGCUUUCAAAAGGUCAACCACUUCCCCAGGUCCCACGAGUUGACCCGGAAGGACCGGCUCUACAGUAACGUCCGACGCAUGCAGCAGAACCACGGGGCCCGGAACUUCAGCCUCCUGCCCCAGACGUACCUCCUGCCCGCCGAGUACCCCGACUUCUGCAAUGCUUUCGCUAAGGACCGUGGCCCCUGGAUUGUGAAGCCGGUUGCUUCGUCGCGAGGCCGCGGGGUUUAUCUCGUUAACUCUCCGUCUCAGGUCAGCACGGAGGACAACAUGCUAGUGUCUCGGUAUAUCAGUAACCCGCUACUGAUCGAUGGGUUUAAGUUUGACGUCCGGCUUUAUGUGCUGAUCACCUCCUACGAGCCGUUAGUCAUCUAUCUUUAUGAGGAAGGACUCACCAGGUUUGCCACCGUGAGGUACGACCGCGCUGCCAAAAACAUCAAAAAUCAGUUCAUGCAUCUGACUAACUACAGCGUGAACAAGAAGAGCGGGGACUACGUGAGCUGCGAUGAUCCAGAAGUGGAGGAUUAUGGGAACAAAUGGACAAUGAGCGCCAUGCUGCGCUACCUAAAGCAAGAUGGCCGAGACACGGCUGCUCUUAUGUCCCAGAUCGAGGAUCUCAUCAUUAAAACGGUGAUCGCCGGGGAACUCCCAAUCGCUUCGGCCUGUAGAGCGUUCCUCGCGCACAGAGGGAACUGCUUUGAGCUGUAUGGCUUUGAUGUGCUGAUUGACGUUAACCUGAAGCCCUGGCUGCUGGAGGUGAACCUGUCUCCGUCGCUGGCCUGUGAUGCCCCUCUGGAUCUAAAGGUGAAAGCGAGUGUGAUCUCUGAUAUGCUGACACUGAUCGGUGUAGAGUGCCAGGACCCCCAGCAGAGGACUGGGCGAGCUGCCUCCGCCACGUAUGACAGACGGAUCCCAAAAUGUCAGAGCCAGCGCCCCCUCUCUGCCAGCGAUAUAGACGCCGGCGUGAAGGACGGAGGGAGGGAGAAGGCCAGACGCACAAACGGCACCCUGGGGCUGUCAGUGGAGGAGGCGAAGAUCUUGCGGCGGGUGCAGGAGGAAGCAGACCGGAGAGGGGGAUUUGUCCGCAUCUUCCCCAGAAAGGACACGUGGCUGCUGUACGGGUCCUUCCUGGAAUAUAAAACCUCCCUGAACUUCAUGCUGGCUUCCCAACUCUUCUCUGAGCGACCACCCGCCGGCGGACACGGCCCUCCUGACCCGAGGCCUCACGUGGCGCUGUACGAACGCAAGCUGAUACCUUUGCAGCUGCGCAGAGCCUGGCGUCGCAGGAGGAUGCGCAGGCCGGGUCUGUCGCACCCCGCACAGCACUCGAGGGAUGAAGCGGUUAGUGAGGAGGAAGAGGAGGAGGAUCCUGAGCAGAAGGAGCUGGAGGAUCCGGACCGAGACUCCCUGCCGCCAGACCAGGACUCCCUGCCGCCGCCGCCACCACCGCCACGUUCCCAAACAAGCCAAGAGCAACGUCCUCACGUUAACCUCAUAGAAGCCUUACGGAAAGACACCAGCCUGAGUAAGGUCCAGGCGCGGCUGGCGUUCUCCAGUUACCUGCAGCGAGUUCAGAGCCGCCUUCAGACCGAGCGAGAUCCAGAGGGUCUGCAGCCCAAAAACGAGGAGCAGCUGGAGUUGGUGAUGAGGUUCCUGCGGCGCGCGGCCGGUAAUCUGAAGCCGUCCAUGCGCGUGACUCUACCGGGACGCUCCGUCCCUGCGCAGGAGAGACGCCGCUCGCUGGCCGGACAGCUGGGAGACUUCAUCCGCCUGUACGACCAGGAAACGCAGCAGAUGAGGAGCGGCAGCGAGACGUCCGACGGCUUUUCCCGUAACGUUAGUCCUGGGGACUUCCAGACGUUCAUCGCCGGCGCCAGUGAGUGUGAGUUGGAAGAGGUCCUGACGUUUUAUACGCACAAAAAUAAAUCUGCCGGCAUCUUCCUGGGGAGCUCCGACGGCGCAGGCGGCAGAGGAACGAUGGGAACGGCUGAUGGUGAGUGUCGCUCCGCAGGCCCUGCCGCAAACCCCGCGGACUGCUCCUAUUCGUGCCGUCUGACGUAUUCCGCACUUUACUGGUCCAGGACUCGUCAGCGUUGCUCUCCCGUCGGGCGUCACUCAGACGUCGCUUGCCGGUUGCUCACUGCGGCCGUUUGUCACUCCUGUUUGCGUCUUGUGUCUGCAGGAGAAGAAGCUCCUGCCGAUGUUUCGGUCUCCUCGGUGUCUGCCGGUGAGUUGGCGGAGGAGAGCAUGCUGCCGGUUAACGCGGUGCACGAUGGCAGCUCAUGCGCUUCCUCUGGCGGCAGGCGGCCGCAUGUCUCUCCCGCAGCGUGGGCUCCUCCGGUUCCCCGCGCUCCAUCCAGCGGCCUCGGCUCGUCGUUCCAGAAUGCGGCUCGGAUCUACAGCCAGAGACUGAGCCGGCCGAGCUCCAGCCGCACAGUUGGCGCUCGGCAGAGUGCUCUGCGCUCUCGCUGCGGCUCGGCUGGUGCGGUGAGAUGUACGGAGGAUACUUACAGCUGGAACGCCGUGACUGCUUCUGUGCAGCGUCUGGCAGAGAGGCUCGCCAGCCGGCCCCCGUCCGGCCCUCCGCUCACGCAGCAGCUGACCCGCGUGAACGUGGCAAAUGGUGUCCUUGGGAUCCUGGGGCUGCGCCCGGCCUCUGCGCCUCGGACGCUGACAUCGGGCCACGCUGAGCCAUCAGGGAAAGGAGCAAGAGACCUGCGCGAUGCUGACUGCGCCCGGGACUGGAAGACGGAGCAGAAGCCACACGGCAUCAACUCCACGACCCCAUCAAAGCAUUCGCGAGGAAGGGACCCCCAGCAUCUUCGUCCGGAGCCGAGCCGAGCCCCGCACCAGUCUCUCCCGUGUAGCGCUCCGUCCGCCACCGCGACCCACGCCAACCCACUGGCCGGCCACACUCGUGUCCUGGUGCCCGCUCCACCCGACCAAGACAAGCCCUGCGUGACCAGGAGGCCGCCUGCUCCUCGUGUGGUCAGGGUAGGUGCCGCAGACGCACAGCUGGUGUCUGCACUGGUGGCCCGAGGUGACGUGGCAGCUGCCCCACACGGAGCGUCAGAAGCAGCCCACCUCGUGUUUGCCAGAACCAAACCACCAGCGGCCCCACGCGGGGCAGACAGGAAAGGGCAGAUUAAGAGAUGGACGUGACCUGAGGCCGUACGCCCGGCGUGGCACGUGGACAGGAUAGACUUCAGGCAAAGCACCGGCACCUGCUUCGUGGAAGAGCCUGUCGGGACCGACGCCUGCCUGCCUGCCUGCCUGGAGCUGCAGCGUGUACAUAUUUUACCUCCUGUACAGAAAAAUAAAUUAUUUUACAAGA